AUGCAGAUGUGGUGGUUCGACGGAGAUCACAUUUAUAGAGUGGUUGUUGGUUCACCGGAGGCGCUGGUUUGCUCGCCGGAGAAUGUAACAGCGGUGGUAGAUAGAUCUGAUAGUGGUGAUCGAUUUUUGUCCGAUUUUACUUCAAAAAAUAGUGGUAUUCCGUCGAUGAUCUUAGGAUGUGACAGACGAAAAAAGGUGACAGUGGUAGGGUUGUCGGAGGAGGCAACAAAUAUUGGGCCGACACGGCGGCAGUGGAAUUGGGGCUCGCCGGAAAACCAAAACUCCGGUACCGGAAUGAAGAGGUGUGAGCUGUGCAGCCACUUUGCUCGGAUGUACUGCCAAUCGGAUAACGCAAGCCUCUGUUACGAAUGCGAUCAAAACGUUCACUCAGCCAAUUUUCUAGUAGCCAAACACUCCCGAACUCUCCUCUGCCAUAAAUGUCAAUCUCCGACUCCCUGGAACGCUUCCGGCGUCAAUCUCGGUCGCACCGCCUCCGUAUGUGUUAACUGUCUUGACGAAACUCCAUCUCAACGGCGACUGUUGCAGGGAGGGGAGACUAGUGACCGUGGAAACGAUGUGGUAGAGGAGAAUUGUGAUGUACAUGAUGAAGAUGAAGACGGAGAUACAGAAGAUGACGAUACAGAAUCAAUCGAUGAGAGUGAAGAUGAGGAUGAGGAUGAGGAUGAAGAUGCAGAGAAUCAGGUGGUUCCGUUGUCGUCAGCCGCGUCGCCACCUGCUACCGGUUCUUCGUACAGUGAGGAGUUUUCUUCGAGCAGACUCUCAUCUGAUGGUUUUAGAUCCACAUCUAAACGAGAACGCCUGGAUCCUUGUAUCGAUUCUGAGGACGAUACACCAUGUUCAUCGGAAAAAUCCAGCAGUAAAAGGAGGAGGGAGAUUGAUGACGCUAUUUCGUUAGGAUAUUUCAGGCCAUCAGACAGAAUUGGAGAUCCUGUUGAACAAAUCUCCCGUUCCAGUAGCCAAUGGAUAGCUCUUAAAUUUCUCACACUGCUUUCUUCGUACACAGUUUCAAGAAGAGGCCACUGGGGUCAACUGUCAAGUAUAAGCUAA